UCAAUUGUUUCUAAUGAUAAUUGUUUAUUUGAAUAUCAGAUCAGAAUCAUUAUUCCUGGUACAUUGUCCUUACUUUAGAUUAAUGGUAGUUUACAAUGAACGUCUUAUACUAAUGAUUAUUAAAAUAGUUUGAAUGUUAAAGUCAAUUGAGGUUUGGCAUGUUUAAUAUUUAUUUGAUCUAUCUGUCAGAUGAAUGAACAUAUCAGAUUGGCAAAAGAAGCUUAUAUUAUAAUUCGGUUGAAAAAAAGAUGAAUCAUCAAUUGCGAUGUUAAGUUUUUAUAAAGGCAAUCCCAUGACUUUCAAACAUUAGGUCAGUUUGUUCUUUGAUGAUGGUCAAUAAUGAGUGUCAAUGAAAAAAUGUUUUCUGUGAAACUAAGAUCACUAUUCAUUUGUUUUUAUUUCAUACUUGAAUUUUCUGGAUGUGUCAAUGCAGUAACUUUUGACGAUGUCAAAGAAGCAAAUUUGCAAGUGGUAGCGGAAGAUAUAGGCACGAUUAAUGACAAUAAUAAUCUUCGACCAAUUUCGGACAGUGAUCUAACUCUUUCCGUUAAUGUGGCCUGGAAUUUAGUGUCAAUCAAUGAUUUUGACGAGGCCAAUGGAUACAUUGAAGUUAGUGGCUACCUAAAGCUGGAGUGGGUAGCAGACAUAUAUACCUCAAACACUAAAAAUUAUGAUGGCUCAGACACAAUUAAAUAUGACCUUAUGUGGAAACCACCAAUAAUGAUACUGAAUUCUUUGUCAUAUUUUGAAGAAAUUGGCCAUGCCGCAAAAACAAGGAUACGCUUCCAUUAUAAAAAGAAAACCUGCACUUGGAUGCCUUGGGUGACAACACGGGUUGGAUGCUCACCUGAUGUGAAGUUUUAUCCUUUUGAUACGCAGAAAUGUGUGAUAAAGCUCGCCAUUUGGGGCUACCCAAGCAAUGAAGUCAAUAUUACCCCUUCCAUAAAUCAUUGGACGUUCAAGCAGUUUGAUGAAAAUGGAGAAUGGGAGAUACGCGAGACAAAUGUUGAGAGCACUGUUGAAGAUGAUGUGUCAAUGCUCUCGCUUGGAAUCAAAAUCAAGCGUCGACCCAUGUACUACAUUAUCAAUAUUAUUACACCGGUUAUUAUUCUUGGGGUCCUGAACUCCUUUGCCUUCAUCUUACCAACAGAAUCAGGUGAAAGAGUUGGAUUUGCUGUUACCUGCUACCUCUCUUACGUUGUCCUGUUGAACAUGAUAAUGGGUUUUCUUCCAUCUGCUGCAGCACCCAUGUCUCUCCUCAGCUAUUAUACCUUCAUAAUGAUGGUUUUCAGUGGGGCUAUGGCCGUCACCACAAUAUUAACUGUGAGAAUCUACCACAAGGACAAAUCCGAGAAAGUGCCGAUAAUCUACCAAAGCUUAUUUUCUUGCAUACAGUCAUGUAAGAAAGCCUGUAAAAACACACAUACUGUUGAACCCUUUGAAACACAUUCCUCCGAAGACGAUUGGUCCAUUUCUUCAAACUCUGACCAAGGCAAGGAGGUCAACUCUGACCAAGGCAAGAAGGUCACGUGGCCAAUGAUUUCAGGAUUUCUUGACUGGUUGUUCUUUUUCGGUUUUCUUGGCGGACAGAUUUUUUUCUCUGUCGGCUACCUGGUUCCAAUAUUCUUAAAGUGAAAAUGGGUCAUUGAGGAUUGUUUAAAAGUUUUAUUUUGGAUUGGAAAUUACUAUCAUUUUCGGAUUUAUUUGAAUGAUAAGUUAAAAGUCUUAUAUCCCUCGACCCAUUUUCUGAAGUAUUCUUCCUUUCAAAAUAUGAAAAUUUUAAUUAUGUUUAUAUUUAUGUUGUUUUUGUUUUCAGUAAAAUAUUUUAUUGAAAGUGGACAUGAUAAUGCUGGUUAUGUGAUAUUUUAAGUAUUUUAGAUUUUUGCCUUGUAUUUUUUUCUAUUGUCUUUUGUUCUUUGUAAUAUAUUAGUCCCUGUUCCUACAUCAAUGUAUACAUACUCUGCUACCUAUUUCAUUGUUCUUAAAUUAAUGUAAAAACAUGUGUAGAAUAUAAUUUUCAAUCCAGCUAAUUGGUACAUACAUGAAAUUGCAACAAAGAACUUUGCUGUUGUUGAUAUGGAUAUACAUUUUAAGUUAGAUCUAUACAUUUGUUCAUGCUGCAUUAAUACAUAUUUUUAAACAAUACUUUUUGUACUUUUGAAUGUGUAUUCUUGAGCAUAAUGUUUUUUUAUUAAAUGUCGUAGAUUUUGGCAAUUCACAGGGCCUGGACCUAUUCCCAAAAUGUACUGGAAUAAAACACUGAUAAACAAUUAAGUUACCCAGCAAUGCAUUUAUAUUUUAACUUAUAGACAAAAGCACAUGGUUACAUACUAAAAUGCUUUACAGAGCACCCUUGGACAAACAAAUGGUCAAUGAAUAAAAUUAUUUAUUAAAGUCAACUUAUGAAUUAAAAUGAUAUAAAAUGCAUUACCAAAUGUGGUAUAGAUUGUAUUAACAAUUUUAGUUAGACAAAUAAGAAUUGUUGUUGUUAAUAUGUUUAUUAAAAUA